GCCCGCCGACGCGCCGCGCCGCCGUACGGACCGCGUCGCCCUCCGUCGGCUGGCUGCUGCCUUAAACAGCAGUACUGAUGGAAAGCCCGCUGCAGCUGCAGAACGACUUCUUCCCAGAGCAGCACUGUAAGUACCAGCAGCACUACUGCGGGCUCGGCAGGCAGCACGAACACUGCUGCACCUGUGACGCCAGAAAAAGCCUGAUCUUCCGCGGGACGUCGCCUCCGACCGCUGUGGGAACUUUAAGGACACCUUCAGAAACGUCUUCGAGACAAGGCUGCCAGUACAGCGUGUGCGACUUCACCCCUUCUAGUCAUGGUAGUUGUUCCAGACAUCAUCAUCAUCGUCCUCGGCGUCAGCAGCGGGGCAGCCUGGGCAGCAGCAGCCACAGAGACAGUAACUCCUACAACGAAAUAGCCAUGAGCAGCUGCAGAUACAACGGCGGCGUGAUGCGGCCGCUCAGCAACUUGAGCUCGUCCCGCAGAAACAUACACGAGUUUGAUUCCGAGUCCCAGCCUCUGCAGCCCGUCUCAGCCGCAGAUGCGUCGGACGCUUUAGGAUCCAAACCCGAGAACAAUUCCAGCACCCUGAUGCCUUACGCAUCGGGAGACGGAGGCGGGGGAGGCUGCGGCCACGGCGGCGGCAAAUCGGGCAAAAAGAAGAACCAGAACAUUGGGGAGAAGCUCGGGCACAGGAGGGCCUUGUUUGAGAAAAGGAAGCGGCUCAGCGACUAUGCUUUAAUCUUUGGGAUGUUUGGGAUCGUUGUUAUGGUUGUAGAGACUGAACUCUCGUGGGGAGCUUAUGGAAAGUGUUGUGCUUUUUUCCAGGAGUCCCUGUAUUCAUUAGCUCUAAAAUGCCUGAUAAGCCUUUCUACAAUCAUUCUUCUGGGGCUGAUUAUCAUAUACCAUGCAAGAGAGAUACAGCUAUUUAUGGUGGACAACGCUGCAGAUGACUGGAGGAUAGCCAUGACAUAUGAGCGCAUCUUCUUCAUCUGCCUGGAGAUCCUGGUGUGCGCCAUCCACCCCAUCCCAGGGAACUACACCUUCACCUGGACGGCACGCCUGGCAUACACCUACGUGCCGUCUGAGACGGAUGCAGAUGUGGACAUCAUCCUGUCCAUCCCCAUGUUCCUGAGGCUGUACCUCAUUGCUCGUGUCAUGCUGCUGCACAGCAAGCUCUUCACAGACGCUUCCUCUCGCAGCAUUGGCGCUCUCAACAAGAUUAACUUUAACACACGCUUUGUGAUGAAGACCCUCAUGACCAUCUGUCCUGGCACUGUGCUGUUGGUCUUCACCAUCUCGCUGUGGAUCAUCGCUGCAUGGACCGUGAGGGCUUGCGAAAGGUACCAUGACAGCCAGGAUAUAACCAGCAACUUUCUAGGAGCCAUGUGGUUGAUCUCAAUCACGUUUCUUACCAUCGGCUACGGGGACAUGGUCCCCAAUACAUACUGUGGGAAAGGAGUUUGCCUCCUGACUGGAAUUAUGGGUGCUGGGUGCACCGCCUUGGUGGUGGCCGUGGUGGCAAAGAAACUGGAAUUAACCAAAGCUGAAAAACAUGUCCAUAAUUUUAUGAUGGACACCCAGCUAACAAAAAGAGUGAAAAAUACAGCGGCGAAUGUUCUCAGGGAGACAUGGCUCAUCUACAAAAACACCAAACUGGUGAGGAAGAUGGACCACGCCAGAGUCAGGAAGCACCAGAGAAAAUUUCUCCAAGCCAUCCACCAAGCUCGAAAAUUGAGAAGUGUUAAAAUGGAGCAACGCAAGCUGAAUGACCAAGCAAACUCACUAGUGGACCUUGCUAAGACACAGAACAUCAUGUAUGACAUGAUAUCGGACUUGAACGAGAGAGGAGAGGACAUGGAGAAGAGGAUUGGCUUGUUGGAGACAAAGCUGGAGACUCUACUGAGUAACUUGCAGGCUCUGCCAGGACUCAUCAGCCAGGUCAUCAGUCAGCAGCACAGGGACUUCCUGGAGGUGCAGCUCCAGCCUUAUGACAAACACAACACUGAACGCUCGCAGUCAGUGUCCCGACGGCGGUCCUCCUCCACGGCGCCACCAACCUCCUCCGAGAGCAGCUAGAGCCCGCGGGAACUGCCUCCACUUGAGACUUUUGCCAUCAUAUGGCUGAGUUGCAUUUAUCGUAAAGCCUUAUGGUUUCAAUAAGUAUUAUCCAAAUUCUGAUGACAGAAUCCAAGGUACUGAGGACAAUGCAUUUUAAUGGAUAACUUCAUGCUGUUAUUUGUUUUUUUUAUUACCUCAGAUGAUGAUGUUAUCCUUGCUCUUGUGACAUGACCACAAAUUCUCUCAGUUAAAACAAAGGCCUAUUGAUGGGGCUGUGAUAAGAACUCUACUCCAUCUCUAUGCAGAGGCAACCACUUUUAUGUGACAAGGUUACCAAGUGUGAAACUAUUGCACUAAAAUAGUGCUUCUCACAGACCUUUGAUUCCCCUGGAUUGAUUCAGAUGCCAUGUUCCUCAAAGCACACUGAGACAUCAGUCAGGGAGCAUGACAGUGGUUUUGGAGGAAAGGCACUGUGUUUGAUGGACUGAACUGACAGCAGAAGGCAGAUCAAACCCUUCAUGCUGUCCCUUGGAGAUAAAGUAAAAGCUUAAAAUAGGGGGGAGCAUAUAUCGUUUAGGUUAGCAACAGCAUUACCUAUAGCAGUUUUAUUUUGCAGAGCGUCCCUGUAGAAUGAGUACUCUUGGGGGGAGGGCGACAUUGCAAAUAACGUAACCUCUAGUCAAAAUGAAUGCAUCUGUACUUGCACUUACUUUUUAACCAAUGCACUUCAAUGCUGACUGAAUUAUGAUAUAAAGAUGUGUUGCUCAUUAAAACAAGAACAUUUGAGAUGUU